AAAUAACCCUAACAUACUACGAAUCAAUAAAAUCAAAAAAUUGAGUCAAGAUGAUGAGGCACUAGAUUCCUCACAAUCGUCUCAAAGUACAGAUAUACGAGUUAAUGAAUUAGAAUGGUCAAAAGCCAUAACACUGGCAGAACAA